AUCACGUGACCUACACUUUUUUUUUUAAAUUUCUCCGAUGUUCUUGGCACGCGCAGGGCUGCGCACGGCACGGACGCACCUCGCGCCAUCGACGCGUGCACUGUGUCAGCCAGCAUUCCGUGUUCGCCGGUGGCUGCGAGACGACGCAGUUGGGUGCAUCCAGCGUUCGCAGUAUUCAACUGGAACGUAGUGGUCGCGUGCUGGUCCACCGUCGACACCGACAUGGCGAACGCAGCGGGAGGUCGACGGCCAGGCGUAGGGCGUAGCGGCUGGGUGGCGUCCUCAACACGCGAGUAUGUGCGCGACCAUGCGGAAGGGACCGCUCCGAGUGAUCGCCGUGCCGGGCUCCCUGCUUCCAGCCGUCGCAUUCGGCGCACCUACGAGAUGACCUGGUGCUCAAGCGCUCCUGCUGCUGCCUCCCCAGCAAGGCAUACGCUGCUACGCAGGUUGCUGCAGGCUCUGGAGCGCGCUGCUGCUGCUAAUCGGCGCCAACGACAGCCGCGCGCGAGUUCAUCGGAGUCACAGAGUUCACGAGAGUCUGGCCAAGGUUCGGAGCACGAGACCCGAGGUUCGGCGCAACGUGCGGCGCCCGCGAGCAGCCAUUUGGUGACCGAGGAUUUUCGGGUCACUCGACAUGGCACUAGUGGCCAAAGGAUGCGCACAAGCUUCAGGUUGCUGCAGGCUCUGGAGCGCGCCGCUGCUGCUAAUCGGCGCCAACGACAGCCGCGCGCGAGUUCAUCGGAGUCACAGAGUUCACGAGAGUCUGGCCAAGGUUCGGAGCACGAGACCCGAGGUUCGGCGCAACGUGCGGCGCCCGCGAGCAGCCAUUUGGUGGCCGAGGAUUUUCGGGUCACUCGACAUGGCACUAGUGGCCAAAGGAUGCGCACAAGCUUCAGGUGGUCACGCGAGGUACGUGUCCCAGCGAGGACGCGCCCGCGGGAGCCCUCGACGUCCGUCAGCCAGCCCUAACUCCAUACAGCGGAGGGCGGCGUGCUCUAUCGCGGGGGCUCGUCUUGUUCCGGCUUCUGCGACGCAUGCGCAAAAGCAUGCUCGUGACUCGAGGCCCGUGGUACUUAACCUUUCCGUGCUGCUCCGUUGUCAACGGUGGGAGCAGCCGGAGCGCUGGGCAACCGCAGCCCUGACACCUGCUGUAAACUAAAGGCUUUUGUACAAAGUUGCA